AUGGAAAGUGUUAGUGGUGUAGAGACUGUUACUGGUGUAUCUGGAACACAACCUGAGUUGGAAGCACCUGCUGUAGAGACUGUUACUCCUCAGUCUCAGCAGCCUUUGCCUCCACCUGUUCCAAAGAAAAGGAAAGAGGUUGAAUCCAGGGCUCAAUGUUGGGAUCACUUUGAAAAUAUCAAAGACAGUGAGGGCAUUGUCAUCAAAGAAAAAUGUAUAUAUUGUGCAAAAGUGUAUUGCUGUGAGAGCAAGAAACAUGGGACUUCUUCUCUCAGACUUCAUGUGGUAAACUGCCUUAAAAAUCCUCACUCUAAGGAGACAAGGCAGUCCCUACUCACAUUCCAACUUGCACCUUCUUUUGCUGGAACUCAAAGUAGUGAAGGAACUGAAGGGGUGUUGGGUACUUGGGUGUUUGAUCAAGACUUGAUAAGGAGAGCCUUAGCUGAGAUGAUUAUUUUAGAUGAACUUCCUUUUAGGAUUGUUGAGGGACAGGGUUUUAGAAAGUUUGUUUUAGUUUGCUGUCCUAGGUUUAAAAUCCCUUCAAGAUGGACUAUCAGUAGGGACAUUUUCAAGAUAUUUUCUGAUGAGAGGGUCAACUUGAAGAAGUUUUUUAGGACUAGCAGUAAGAGGGUAAGUAUCACAACUGAUACUUGGACCUCAGUCCAGAGAAUAAACUACAUGUGCAUAACUGCACAUUUCAUUGAUAGUGAGUGGAAGCUGCAAAAGAAGAUUAUUUCAUUUGUUCCUAUAUAUUCCCACAAGGGGGAAAGUAUUGCAAAGGCUUUAGAGAGUUGCCUUUUGGACUGGGGUCUAAAAUCAGUGUUUAGUGUGACAGUAGAUAAUGCUUCCAGCAAUGAUACUGCCCUAGGAUUCUUGAAGAAGAAGUUGGGCUCUUGGGGUUGUACUGCUGUUAGGUGUAAGUAUUUGCACAUGAGGUGCAUUGCUCACAUUCUUAACUUGGUGGUACAGGAUGGGUUGAAAGAAUGUGAUAGUUCUGUUAAGAAAGUCAGGGAUGCUGUUAGGUAUGUGAGGAGCUCACCUGCUAGGUUGCAGAAGUUUAAAUCACUAGCUGAUCUAAUUGGGGUGGAAGCUAAGAAUUCUCUGUGUCUAGAUGUCCCUACAAGGUGGAAUUCCACAUAUAUGAUGCUUAAUACUGCAUUACUGUUUCAGAAGGUAUUUGAAGCCUAUGAUGAUCAUGACAGUUCAUUUAAAUCUGAUUUGGGUGGAAGUGUACCUGAUUUCUUAGAUUGGGAAUCCAUUCAAUCUUUGGUUAUGAUUCUAAAAUCUUUUUAUGAAAUGACUGUUAGGAUUUCUGGAUCAUUGUAUGUGACUUCUAAUACCUUCUUCUCUGAGAUUUCUGAUUUGUCUUGCUUGUUGAAAAAUAUGGAGGAAGCUACAGAAGAUAGUGUUAAACUGAUGGGUAAAAAUAUGAGGGCAAAAUUUGAUAAGUAUUGGGGUGAGCCUGAAAAAAUGAAUUUUUUGAUAUUCUAUGCAAAUAUCUUAGACCCCAGGGACAAAAUUGAGUAUAUGCCCAUUCAGUUUAACCAGUUAUAUGGUGAGGACAAGGGUAAAACAAUGUUUGAUAAGGUGAUUGUUGGCCUUAAGGAGUUGUUUGAAGAUUAUGUUGCAUGCUUCCCUGUCCAGUGUGUUGAACAAUCUGAAAAAUUUUCUCCCUCAAUAACAAUAUCUGAUUCAGUUUCUGUUGGGAGACCUCAAUCAUUACUGAAAUCUCAGAUUAAGAAGCAAAAAUUGGUGAGUGGGGAUUUGUCUAGGAAAAAAACUGAGUUGGAAGUGUAUCUCUCUGAGGUUAUUGUGGAUGAGGAUGAUUCAUUUGACCUUCUAAGAUUGUGGAAGCAACAAUCUAAAAGGUUCCCUGUCUUAUCUAAAAUGGCAAGGGAUAUUCUAGCUGUUCCAAUAUCAACUGUUGCUUCAGAAUCAGCAUUCAGUACAAGUGGAAGGGUACUUGAUGCCUUUAGGAGUUCCCUAACUCCUAGAAUUGUUGAGGCAUUGGUGUGUGCACAGGAUUGGCUAAGGUUAAGCAACCAACCAAUCUCAAUUGAAGAAAAUAUUGAAGAUGUUGAAAGGAUUGAGAAAGAGUUGUGCUGCACAUCCAGCACUGGAACUGGAAUGCCUACAAUUGUUGUAUUGUAUCAUGUAUGUGUAUCAAUGAUUCAAAUCAAUGUCCCUCGUGAGGCUGGGAAGUUGGAACUGGAAACUGGAAAGUGUUCAUGGCUAGGUAACAUUUUAAAUGUUGCUGUCAUUGAGCUCAGGAAGAAGAAUAGACAUAGAGUACUCUAUAUUAUAUUAAUCAUAUAUUCAUAUAUUGCUUUUGGAGUUUUGGAUAUCUGGCUUUCUUUUGCUCAAUGCCUGAAACAUGAAAGCUGA